UAUUCUCGUCACUUUCGGCGCCUUGUGAAAGACAUUGCUUCCUCAGUAUAUGGUAGGCGCAAAUGUAAUUAUUGUGAUCGUUGUGUUAUCCUUAUUGUCGCAGUAUUGUUUCCAGUAUGAGUCGUUUCUUUGAAGACAAAGAGGUCGCUAUCAACUAUCUCCAAUAUCGACCACAUUAUUCCACGGAGGUUGCUGAAGCAAUCGUAAACUACCUCGCUGAAUAUAGAAAGAAGCCAUUUGAGACUGCCCUUGAUAUCGGCUGUGGGUCUGGCCAAUUAACACGGUCCUUGUCACCUUACUUCAAUGAUGUAUUGGGAGUUGACAUUAGUCCUGCGCAGAUAGGUGUUGCCAAGACAGCUCAAAACCCCCAGAAUGUGUCUUUCAGUGUUGGCAAAGCAGAAGAUUUACCUGUUGCCGACUCCUCAUUGGAUCUCAUUACAUCGGCCACUGCAAGCCAUUACUUUGACUGGUCAAUAUUUCCCAAGGAGGUUGAUCGGGUCCUUAAACCUAACGGAUGCCUUGCUGUCUUAGGAUAUGACAAUCUUUACAUCGACCAUCCAAAUGAAGCGAUAAGGAAGAAACUGGAAGAUUGUAUUGAGUCAUAUUUAGACUAUGAGAACAAAGUACGCUUGAAGGACUAUACACCAAUCCAGUAUCAGCAUUUAAAAGAAGGAUACAGAACUUUACAAGUUCCGUUUGAUGACCAAAAAUGUGUUAACGUAAACCUGCAAUAUGAUUUGUCGGUUACCAAUUUCAUUGAGUGUAUUAAAACUUUUGCCGUUGCUGUCCAAUUCAUAAAGGACAACCCAGGAACUUCGUAUUUUACUGACUUUAAACACAGCAUCAUGUCCAUUCUUGGCGCCGAAGAACCCGAUGUCACCAUGGUGAAGUCUCGAAUGCCUGUCUUUUUGAGACUCGCGAGAAAACCUGACAAACAUUAAUUCAACAUCUCAAUUUGAAAAUGAGUGCAAGCUCUAAAUUCCAGCCGUCGAGGCCAUUUAACUGCACUCUAAUUAAUUAUGAUACGUAUUCACUAUGUGCACCUUUAUAAAAUAGCGACAGCCAUGUUUGCCUGAAACGCAGUGCAUCGUAGGAUUUCUCAAAUUUUACCAUCUUUUCAAAUUAAGAUCGGGAAUUGUCACGUUUCUAUGUUUGUCAAGACCACACUUUACGUUUUUUAAGACAAAUUUUCCUAAAAUAUCAUAUGCCAACUUAUUUGGAAACCUAUUAUUUUAAAUAUCAUUUUCCCUGUUGAAUUGAUAUAGCUAAACAAAAUAAAAAGUAAACAUUUUAUUAUCUAUAUAGGAUGCAGAUAAAUAUGAGAUUUAAUGAAAGCGUUUUGACUUGAAAAUGGAUAUGAUUUUUCAGAUAAAGGUUUGGAAUUGGCUCGUCAGUUUAUUGUAUCUAAAACAAUUCAGAUACACUUCAGAGUAUUCCAUUUCAAAGUAUUAAACGAUAUUUUGAACCUGAAUUAUACCUUUAUGUUCCUUUCUGUAUUGUAGAAAAUGAAACGAUCGAACAUUUAUAGUUC